CUUGCUGUUUAAUUUCACAAAAACGCAAUGGAGACGCGCCAUUAAUGCUGCCCUCGGAUGGUUUAUUGGUGUUCUGCAGCUUGUGCAAACGAAAAACGAAGCUGCGAUUCUCGAAGAAGAAUCAUCCCCGCCACCAACAAUUUCCCAGAUUUACGAUUCGCUUUCAACGGCCAUGACAAGCUCACCAGAAGGUGGCUCGGAUGCGAAAGAACAACCAGCAGAACCUACUCCCAGCAGGCAACAAUCACCAACCAACAACAAACCGAAGCCCGCCACGAAAUCGGCCCCACUCCGUAGCACCAAUGCAUCCGCAAAAGUUACGUCCACAAGGGGUGGACCGAACCGCAACAAACCUCCGGUCCGAAUGGAAGCCACGGGCGGGUCCUCGUUCGAGGCCAUGAAUGCUGCUGCAAUUGCGGAGGAAGAGAAUGCCGUGGUGCCAGCGACGUCGAUGCUCGCCGGUCUCUUGCCGACACUCGUGGCGGGACUCGUCUUUACGACCGCCGGGAGCAUGGUMGGGUACGUAUGGAACAGCGAAUGGACGGAAACGGCAUCGAGYGUCUUUAGCUACUUUUGGGGUGACGAGACCGACGAAGCGUCGUCCCCGUACGGUUCCAAUACGAAUAGCGCUACCGCGGAGGAGUACCUUGGUGAUCAAUUCUACAAUGCCGCUCCCGUGACUCCAGACCGCUAGGCGCGGACGGAACGAAUACCACGGCGAUGCCACACACGACAAGACGAGGCAAAAAWCGACAACAACAACAACGACACAGAGYCAUUCGRACAUGU